UGGUCAAUAGUACCAUUAUCAGGAUGCGUGGUCGUUAGUUACCAUGUCAGGGGAUUCAUUUCAGAAUCCGAGGAAUUUAAUAAUAGUUGUACAUUUAACAUGUAGAUGAGCUUGAGUUCGAAUUUUCUCUUACGAGUAAAGGUUUGAUCUUUUUAGAUUUUAACCGAUAGGCUAGUGUGAUGGAGAUUUCACUUAACAGUCGGGUUCUAAUGUGGCUAGCUGAACACUUAAGGAAAUUCAAGUUUUAUCACUCCACAAAUGUCUUCAAUUGCGAAUGAUCAUGAUGUGAUCAAUAGUUUACCCGACACUGUCCUCUGUCAUAUUCUCUCUUUUAUUCCAACAACAGAGGCCGUUGCUACUAGUGUCCUUUCAAAGAGGUGGACUCAUCUAUGGCGGUCAGUUCCCAGUCUCAACAUCUGUGACGUGAAUUUGGAUGACCUAGAAGACUAUUGUCGUUUUAAUGAUUUUGUGUACUCUGUGUUGCUCGCACGUAAUAAUACUUCCAUCAAGAGUUCCAUUUUCAACAUUUGGUAUGAUGAUCCUCAUCUUGGACGUCUUGGCUUUCCAAAUGUCAUCAAAUGGAUCAAUUCUAUAGUACAACGCGGACUUGAGCGCCUCGAAAUGUGCGUAGGCAUGGUUGAAGAUAAUCUCCAAUUGCCUAUUAGCAUUCUUAGUUGCAGGACCCUUGUUGUUCUCGAUGUUUCUGGGUUUACUGUGAAGGGUUUUUCUUCUGUUAGACUCCCCUCCCUCAAAAUCCUUCGUGUCCAAGAUUCUAUAUUUCUAAAUGCUCGAGAUUUACUUUUGCUUCUGACCGGAUGUCCAAUUCUUGAGGAUUUAUAUGCAUGUAAUUUACAAUCCCAGUCAGAGGACUCUCUAUCCUAUCAAGAGUGUGAAAGCUUAAGCUUAAGCAAGUUGAUCAAAGCACAAAUGCCUCACACUUUUUGUCAUUUUCCGUUGAAAGCACUGCGUAAUGUGAAUGAACUUUGCAUAGAAAUAAAUAAGGUGUAUAGAAGUUUUGAUGAGAUUCCUACCUUUCAUAAUUUGACAAAGUCGAAACUUCACUCUAUCAACUAUAAUUGGAAUUUGUUGGUACAAGUGCUCAAUCAUUGCCCCAACCUUCAACACAUCGAGCUUAGUCAGGGCACCGACUAUGGUGGUGGGAAAAGAGACAAUGACCAAGAAAAUUGGGUGGAUCCAAUAUCUGUUCCGCAGUGCAUUUCAUUACACCUUAAAACUUGCACACUUUGGUAUUUCAGAGGCCAACAAGGUGAGCUUCAGUUAGCAAAGUAUAUUCUUAAUCAUGCAAGAGUUUUGCAAACUAUGAAAAUCUGUUGCCGUGAUAGCCUAAAAAAAGAAAGAGAAUUAUCCUUAUGCUCAAAGGUCUCUCCGACAUGUGAACUUAUUUUUCACGUGUUCAGGUUCCACAAGGAGGAGUCCCUCUCUGAUUAACUUCUACAAUUUAAUAUCUAGGUUUUUUGGCUUGAAUAUGAACCUUAAUGAUCAUGAACUUUUAUCUCGCUGCAUAGGUUAUAAGGAAAAGUUGUACCUAAAUUUGUAGACCUGUUUUUUCAAAUUGUUAAUGACUUCAAUUAAAUCCUUGUUUUUAGUGUUUGUCGA